GUCUGUGAGCCAGCAAGCGCAGGAGUGUUUCCUCUACCAGCUUUUCCCCCCUUCUACAUCUGCAUGCCCGUCUCCAGGAUCUGCUGUACCGUUAUCUCCUCUGGCGUCUCCGUCUGCAGGUCUGCAGCGGGUGUCCAGUGUGCAGGCGCUGCUGGAGUCCUCAUUCAUACAUGCCGGACUCAAGUUCACAGAGGCUCCGUCCUGUUUGCCGCUCCUGAUGCCGAGAUUUGGCAAAGAGUUCAAGAUGUUUGAUGCCAUUCUGCCCUCACUGACCCUCGACAUCACAGACUUGCUGGACGAGACUCUGCGUCAGUGCAGUAUCUGCCAGUCAGUGGCGCAGUGGGAGUGUCUGCAGUGUUAUGAUGAUGUGGACAUCACACCUGGACAGAUGAAGCAGUACUGCAACACCUGCAACACACAGGUGCACACUCAUAAGCGGCGUCAGACACACACUCCGUCAGCGGUGCGUGGGCCCCAGGGCUCAUGGGAAGGGCCGGUUCCGGGGGUCCGGCAGAUCAUGCACCUGUUCGCCGUCACCUGCAUCGAGACCAGCCACUACGUCAGCUUCGUCAAACACGGCCCUGAACACUCUGACUGGCUUUUCUUCGACAGCAUGGCCGACAGAGAGGGAGGAGAGAACGGCUUCAACGUCCCGCAAGUGAGCUGGUGUCCGGAGCUGAGCGAGCUCUUCAGUCUGUCUGUGGAUGAAGUGUGUCGUCUGGAUGCGCUGCGGGGACCCGUCAGACGCCUGCUCUGUGACUCUUACAUGUGUCUGUACCACUGCCCGCAGCUCACACUCUACAAAUAACACACACACCUCUGCGACUCCUACUUGUGUCUGUAUCACUGCGCACAACUCACACUCUACAAAUAACACACUCCCACACACACACACCUGUAUAUUACACAUCUAAAUGUAUGAUUUUAUUAAAGCACACAUCGACUGUA